AUGCUCCUCCGACCCCUCCGCCAAACAUCACGAGUCGCAACCGCAGCCCUGAGCGCUUCGACGAGGCGGGCUUGCGCUCAACGCUCCAGCAAUGUAGCCCCCUCCUUCCUGCGCACAUACGCAGCAAGAGGUGCCCCUGCGGCCUUCCCGACCAUUGAUACCUGCCCAUCGCCCACCUGCUCAUGCGCCCCGACUCCCUCGUUCCCCGAAGGUUUUGAGAUCGAUCAUACCACGCCUCUCAACGGUCUCAUGCCAAACCACGCUCAGCAAGUCCUAAUCUGCACUGGCAAGGACGACUGGCCAUCCAAGAUCGAGGACGAUGACAAUGGCCAAAACCAUGCCGCCAUGCUGCGUGAUCUAAUCGGCCGCAGAGGUCCCUACAGCGAUCCCUUCCACAACAUCUCCGUCCUCAACGUCUCCUUCCCCCCAUCUUCGUCUCCUUCUUCUGCUUCCUCGCCCGCCGACCAAGAGGCCACAACCACCACUCCCAAAACAACAUCCAUCUACCUCCUUCCCGACUUUAAAUACGUUCCCUCCCUCUCCUCCGACCCCAACCACGUCAAGGCCCUCGUAAAAGCCCACCUCCUCCCCGAGAAGCUGCACCCCGUGCACAACCACUCGCCGCCCGCCAAGAGGGAGGCCCUCCUCCGCGAUCCCAGUUAUGCCGAUAUGCUACCCGGCGGGGUCCGCGACAUCCGCAACGAGGUGAUUGUUCUCAUCUGCGGCCAUGGCGCGCGGGACCAGCGGUGUGGGGUGUACGGGCCUCUGCUGAGGAGUGAGUUCGAGACGAGGCUGGCGGAGCAAGGUCAACAACAACAACAAGGGCCGGGGAUCGAGGUGCUGAAGGGCGCUGCUGAGAAGGCCGUGGACCUGGAGAAAAAGAAGGGGGUCUGGGGAGCAAGAGUUGGACUGAUUAGCCACAUUGGUGGCCACAAGUUUGCGGGCAACGUGAUUGUUUAUAUCCCGCCGGGCUUGAAGUCUUAUGAUGACUCGGACGUGCCGCAUCCACUGGCGGGACAUGGUAUUUGGUACGGUAGGGUUGAGCCGAAGCAUGUGGAGGGGAUUGUGAAGGAGACGAUCAAGAAGGGGAACGUGAUUAAGGAGCUGUUCAGGGGCGGGAUUACGCAGGGUGGUGAAAUUCUGAGGUUGCCCUUGUAGACGUCUAGGUAUCUACGUACCUUACUUAGCCUGUAAGAAUUUGUGAGAUC